GCAUGAUCGGUUGCUAAUGGCAGCCCAUGUUGCCUCCUCGGUGCUCCACCCUGCAACUCGUGGAGUAUCUCAAGCAAUGCGGCCGACGUAGUAUUAGCCUCAGUGUGCCGAGCAUCGCCCACAUCUUCCCAACUCUCUCCAAGUUCCCAAGUUCGUUCUUUCCUGCCACCUCUGUUUGCUCGCAUACUACCUCACUCCUUCUGUAUUAGCGACUGCGACCAGCGCUUCCAGACCACAUGAACUUGAAUACGAAUACCUUCAUCGGGACUGUGCAGGCACCGUUUUCCGAUGCAGGUGUCUCACAGCCUGGUCCUGGUCCUCCGAGUCCACUUCAGCCACUGCAGCCUGCCAUCGCCGCCCCACAUCUCCGACCCAUUAUUGGUCGGGGGUCGCCCCUUGCUCCACCAAUUCAAGCAUUCCAGUUUCAACGCCCGCCCUCGUCGCAGUCGUCCGAUACACGGCGAGCCCAAAGUGCGCAGUUACUUACGUUAGACUCGUCCCGCCGGGGCCAGGCUCUCGUUGGGCGUUCCCAGUUCGCGCCAGGUGAAGUUGUUGACAUUGCCAUCAUUCCGUGUUCGCUUGAACAGGGGAAGCGGCUGUUCAAGGGCAGCUUUGCUGUCUCGGAAGCGGAAAAACGGGCGCUGUUUACCCUUCUCCAAGACCAUGGUUGCGUCACUACUGUGACGCUAGAUGAAAAUGCCCUGCUGAAGCCUCUCCUCGACCAGCACAUUCGCCAACAUUGCGAGCAUCGUCACAUUGUCCUACCGACCUCUCAAUCAAGCUGGAGUCUGCCUUCUUUGCGUGUUAUCAGCGGCGGUGCAAAGCUUCAGUUUGUCAAAGCUAGCGCAAAUGCUACGCUCACCUCGACCUCGACCUUGAUGUCUGUGAAGAGCAGGUUUGCGAAGCUUCAAGGUGUGCUUGUGCCCGAUCGAAUUGUCAUUCCUGUUGUCCCCUCCGAGUCUGUGUGUGUUUCCAACCCUCCGUCCCUUCCGACGGAGUGGGGUGUUACUGCUGGUGCUGGUGUAUCCACUUUGACUCCUACAUCGCCUUCAAUCCCCAUCCAGCCUCCCAUUAUGCCGACGUUUCCUCCUCCAAAUACUAUAGUAGAUGGCCCGCCACCACCACGCCAGGCAUUGCCUCCCCAGGCUCCUCGUCCUGUUCAGCCCUUUGGAGUGUCACUGAAUCGGCCGCAUUCGCGCACGUCCACCGUUCUGCUGGCAGCUCCAGCUCUUCAGUCCCAGCAGCAGAGUGCGAGUGCGGAGUCAAUGGCUAUUGACCCUCAGCUGCUUGCACUACGAUCUCCAGCUUUGCCAGCCUUACCGCCCGACCUGGGUCUUCCUCCCAAUCAACAUAUGCUCUUCCCCGAUCCUGGGCCACUGUACUUGCCACAUGAUCCCGCGCUGCCAGCCGCAUCUGGAGUCCGCCGCUCUCGAUCUGCGAGUAUGGACGAAUCAAGUACAUCAACAGCACCAUCGUCGAACCGCCAGCGUGUACAGAUCAAUGAAGACCGCAUCAUGGCGGAAAUGGAAGAGUUUGAAGUCGAACUUGAGUCCGCCCUUAAGAUGGAUGAAAUGGGUGCUGGUUCAGUACUAAUGGACGGCUCAGUCCAGAAUCCCUUUCUGAUGGACGAGACUUCAACUUCAGAUGUCCUUAUACCAGCUGAGCCACAGGAUCAUCAACACCCUGCGGCGGGUUGGAAGGCAAAUCUCAUAGGGCGAGUGAAUGUGGACAUCGGUAUGGCCUUGAAGUUCAAGGACGCAUUCCAUAAGGCUGCCUCCGACACUUGGCAGCGAGACGAUGAGCCGCAGGUAUAUAUCACUGCUCCUACAGCCAAGUUCAGCGCGCGCGCUGUUACCACGUAUCUCGCCCAGAAGUUCCAGAACAAAUAUGGCGACCAAACAUCCACUGAUGUCUACAAUGCGCCGCACGGGACUUCAGUUGAUGAUGUCAACCUUUCGGGAUACUUGAACCCCUACACGCGCGGCAUCUACAUUGGUCCUGCAGUUGGGCCUGGACCCGAAGUCUCCACGUUCUUCGAGAUUCUCAGAACACUUGCAGCACCUCACGAGAAUGGUCAAUUCGAACAUCCAUCACACCAGCGUGAGUCUCAGCCAAUCCCCGUCCCAUGGGGCCUGUGGGAGGAGCGCCAUGGCUACGUUGUUCCAACUCUGGACGACAUCACUGGAAACCUGCUCGAGGAUGACCGAAUGGCGGUGCUUUCAGCACAAGGUAUGGUAGCGGCGUUGGUAAUCGGUCAUCACCUUCGUGCACCUAGGCCGAUUCAUCCCCUUGUGAUUCUUUGGGCGAUAUUGGGUGAUCGUGCCUUCGAGAUGUCGCUAGAGCUCCUCGAGAAGUUUGAUCAUGUUGCUGCUCAGGAGCUCCGCCCCUGGUUUGCACUCGGACCAAGUGAUGCUCUCCCGUCGGGCGGAAUGUAUUUGUCGCAUCCGAUCUGGAGUCUUCUCAUGAAUCGUCUUGGUAUCCAGCCUCGCCGAAUUGGCUUCACUCUGGAUUCGCGUACUAGACUCCGAUACACGCGGCAACUCAUCUGCUCCAUCGUUUUGGGCAAGGUCGCAACAUCUGCACCAGAGUUACAAGCAUUCCGCCAGGGAUUCGACAUUGACAUCGCUACCAGAGACGCUUUAGGAGCUGAUUUGCAGCACUUCACCGAGCUUUUCUCGAAACCUGUGCUUGUAUCUGGAGGUCAGAGCGCAAUUCUCGACCCGGUUGUCGUUAUCAGAACGCUAUAUGACCGCACUGUGGCUGGUCCCCAGGAUGUUGCACGACUCAUUACUUUUGAGUUUACUCCAGGUGGGGCGCAAAGCGAACGCAGUCUUUGCGAGCGGAUCGUCAAAUUCCGCCUACUGCGCUGGCUACAUGGACAUGGACACCCGGAUCAUCCCCUGGUCCACAAUACCAUGCUGCUAGACCAUGAAUACGGCGACCCUGCAACACUUCGCGCGCGGCUGCUCUUACAAGCUGUAACUGAAUGCCAAGAUCUCCCUGUCGACCCCCUAUGGCGCCUUCAGUUCCGAUUCAACCAUGCUGGUGUACACACCAGCAAAGUGCCUGUGCUUGAUCUUCACACAUGUACGGGCUACUGUGUCAUUGACAUCAACCCAUGGCUACACAACGCACUUCUCGAGGAGUCCGAUUUUGGCGACCCCUCGGUUGUUACCCUCUUCGACUGCUGGCUUCACGAGCAAGUUGUCCAUAAUCAACAAGACCACUCCUCUGUUUGA